GUUGCAGAUAAGGUCAACGAUGGUAGAGUAGGCGGUGCAGAUUCUUGUAAAUGUUGCGCAGCUCUAGAAAGACCAGCAUGGGUGCAACUUACGCUGGACAAGACUUAUCUCGUGGAAAAGAUAAUCAUUCUAGGGCGACCAGAUAUAUAUCGGCAACAGUUUGACAACAUCACAUUGUUACUGGGAGGUCAGGACCAAUCACUUGAGGGGGUUGCGUUCACUUCGGUAAACACGACUGUUAAGACGACAAUACUGACUUCUCCACGCGAAGUAUACACUGUACGAGUUUCGGGUGGCGAGUUGACAACAAAUACCACUAGACAUAUGACUAUAUGCGAAGUAAUGAUGUACCGACAAGCAGACUGUCUACCCGGGAAGUACGGUGUAAAUUGUUCCAAAGAGUGUCAUUGUCGAGCGGGACCAUGUGAAAGCGUCACGGGCACAUGCAUACCCGCUUUAUGUAAAGACGGCUGGAGAGGACCCGCCUGUAAUGAAACCUGCAACCCUGGAACGUUUGGUACUAACUGCUCCUCCAUAUGUCAUUGUUACGAAAAUGUAACGUGUCAUCAUACUGAUGGUACCUGUCCCAAUAACCAAUGCGCUGCUGGAUGGGCGCAUAACAACUGUAGCGUAGCUUGCGAUUAUGGGCACUUUGGCGAAAACUGCUCCUCUGCAUGUCAUUGUUACAACGGUUCAAGCUGUCACCAUGUGUCUGGCAAAUGUCCUUGAUGGUAAGUGUGAACCUGGUUGGACUCAAAGUAACUGCACCGUAGGUAAGAGUUUUACUGACAAUUUGUGAAACAUCAAUUAUUAAUCAGAGCAUUUUUAGCAUGUGUUUGAGAGAAAUCGUUUACUUUUAUAUUGUUCCUGUAAAUAAUGAAUGCAAAUCUACUUUAUCAUAUACAUCUAUUGCUGUUUUAUCUAUUCUAAUACUGUAAUAAUCUCUUUGGUCGUCUUUCACAGCGUGUAAUCAAGACAUAUUUGGUAAACCCGCUCAUCCCGUUGUCAUUGCCUGCUUGCAUUAAGUUGUGACAAAAUAUUUGGUUUAUGUCCCGAAAAAAGCACACAUACACAUGACUUAUGAGAACUGCUCUGUAAAAUAUUCGGUUUUUGUAACAACUGCUUCUUUCAUUGUCAUUGUCCUCAUGGCGAAACGGGUGACCCUAUUUCUGGUCGCUGUUUCAAUGGCUAAAUUGCGCCAGGGUGAACACUUCGUAAUUUUGGCGCUGGAACGAUUUAAAAUUGUCGAUUAAUAAUGAAGAGGUUCACGCGUUUUAUGAUGUUAAUGAAAUGGUACGUGCAUGCUUAACAUGUCUAAUCAUAUCAACUGGUAAUUGCAAGUACAAUUCGGAACGGUUUAUUCCAUGUAUUGUAUACAUUUAGUUUCGUAAACUAAUUCCGUAAUAAUAUUCCGUAUAUUUUGCUCUUUUACAAGAAUUAGGUGAAGGCAUAUUUGAUUAAAACUGCUCCUCCCGUUGUAAUUGCCAUACGGAGUAAACUGUGACCAUAUCUCUGGCUAUUGUGUAGAUGUUCAAUGUGCCCCUGGAUUGAGUAAUAGUUAUUGUAGCAGUGACCCCAUCCAGAUACUUAAUUCAAGCAUCGCGGUGACGUCACACGGCAAACCAUAUAAGAACAUGAUUGCAGAUAAGAUCCAAGAUGGUAGAGUAGGCGGUGCAGAUUCUUGUGAAUGUUGCGCAGCUCUAGAAACACCAGCAUGGGUGCAACUUACGCUGGACAAGACUUAUCUCGUGGAAAAGAUAAUCAUUCUAGGGCGAACAGAUAGCUAUCGGCAACAGUUUGACAACAUCACAUUGUUACUGGGAGGUCAGGACCAAUCACUUGACGGGGUAGCGUUCACUUCGGUAAACGCGACUGUUAAGACGACAAUACUGACACCUCCACGCGAAGUUUACACUGUACGAGUUUCGGGUGGCGAGUUGACAACAAAUACCAUUAGACAUAUGACUAUAUGCGAAGUAAUGAUAUACCGACAAGCAGACUGUCUACCCGGAAAGUACGGUGCAAAUUGUUCCAAAGAGUGUCAUUGUCUUGCGGGACCAUGUGAAAGCGUCACGGGCACAUGUAAGUCUGCUGUAUGCAAAGACGGCUGGAGAGGACCCGCCUGUAAUAAAACCUGCAACCCUGGAACGUUUGGUACAAACUGCUCCUCCAUAUGUCAUUGUUACGAAAAUGUAACGUGUCAUCAUACUGAUGGUACCUGUCCCAAUAACCAAUGCGCUGCUGGAUGGACGAAUGAAAACUGUAGCGUAGAUGAAGUAUUUAUUUAUACAUCGAAGCGUCCAGAAGGCCAGUGCGACAGGUAUAAUAACGCCUUAAUAGCUGUGUCUUCGGUCCUUGAAGUUGUUGUAGCGGCUGUGGUAGUAGUUAUUGUGGUGUACAACAGAAGAAUACAUCGACAAUCUACUGGAGGAACUCCUGCUAACAGAGAAUCGUCUUCUCACACGUACGAGGACUUGGCACGAAAAUCAUCAAACCCUGGCCACUAUGACUGCCUUCAAAUGUCAAACAUUCAACAAGCGGGUCGCUCAUAGAAUGUACACACACGUCGUUUCACCGAGAAGUCAGUACACAAAAUACUUACAGACCUGUUUUGAUCCUUGUACACAUUUAUACAACAUUUGUGUUUUGAAAUAAGUGAUCGAAGCUUUUAAUUUUACUUAAAGUUACUUACAUCUUACCGAAUUCAAACAGAUGUGUUAUCAGAUUUAUAACGGUUUACCAACUCAAAGAAAAAUGUGCUAUAACUGACGAAUUUUGAGUUGCAAAUGGAAUACCUCAACCCUACAAUAGUCGCUUCUCAUGCAGUCAACCCGGACACACACAAUACUUUUAGAACAAUUGAUACCCGUGGAAGAUUUAUAGUAUUUCAAUUUGUACAUCUGAAAAUAGGAUCUCAGUCGCGCGUCACUGGAAAAGAGACAUAUUGAUGGCCAACACAGUCAUGAAUAAGCAGUGUAGUGGAAACAUUAAUAUAUUUUCACUUUUGUGUUACAAAUUAAAUAAAAAAUCAUGUAUUAAUUUGCGCACACAUUUGAUGUUCUCUUACUGUACAAACUUACCAACCAUCAUAUAUACUUUGCGGUAUCGGAUUUGUAAUUCAAUAAUAAUUUGUAAUUUGCAACCGAAACACGCUUUAUAUGUAUAUGUUUUCUUUUAUCAACUAUAAACAUAAUUAUAGAUAGCAUACACAAUAACUAAUCGAAAAAUAUCUCAAGUAUGUUAUUCAAAUUCAAUUUUAAUGAUAUUUGAUCGUUGAUGUCAUGACAACAGUAAUUUUUUAUAUCGAUGUAUGCACAUAUAACAAGUCACUAUAUUGAAUUGUGUGAUGAAAUGGUUUGUUUAUAUUCUUGUUCUUUAUUCGAAAGUUAGCUUUAAUGCAAAGUAAAUUUAUGGUAUUAUUUAUCAGGUUAUGCAGUUGGAAAGACACAAAACUGUUGACAUACAAUUGCCUUAUUGGCGCCCAUAUAAUUGUACUUUAUUAUGUAUGUAAUGCUAUUUUUUAAUAAGGAUACUCUUCGAAUUUAAUUCAUAGAAUAUGUUCAACAAAUGUGCAUAACAUUUCUCAAAACAUUUGUGUUGACUAGAUACAUAAAACAAUAACCAAAAAUCAUACCAAUCAAACAAAUCGGAAUAAUUGCUUACCGUACAAAUUCGUAUGCGUAUAAUUAAAAGCAUGUUAUAAUUAAA